GUAAAUUGUUAUUCCCUCUAAGCUAAGGUAUCUAUUCUUACGUACUGUUUCUUCCUUUUAUCCCCCCUCCUGUUCUAAAAUACCUUAAGUACUUUCUCACCUUUCAAUCUCUCUUCUUCACUAACAAAAAGGGAUGGAAGCUCUCAUUCUCUUGCUUCCUCUGUUUUUACUUCACAGUAUCACCCAAUCCAGUGCCGCCCGCAUCGACGCAUUCGUCUACGGCGGCUGCUCGCCGACAAAGUUCAACCCCGGGACGGUCUACGAGUCGAACGUAAACUCGGCACUCACAUCGCUGGUCAACUCGGCCGACUCGGUCAGCUUCAACAAAUUCAAGACUUCUCUCCCGGGGUCGACCCAGCCCGACGUUAUUUACAGUCUUUACCAGUGCCGCGGCGACCUCGCCGCCUACGACUGCCGGAGCUGCGUGGCCCGAGCCGUGAGCCAGCUCGGGUCGCUCUGCGUGGACACCUCCGGCGGCGCGUUGCAGCUCGACGGGUGUUUCGUGAAGUACGACAACAUCUCGUUUCUCGGGGCGGUGGAUAAGGCGGAGGUCAUCCACAGGUGUGGGCCGUCUGUCUCGUCCAGCUCGGACGAGACGACGAGCCGGUACACCGUACUGACGGGUCUAUCGGCUGCGGGCCAGUACUUCCGGGUGUUCGGGUACGGGAGGGUCCAGGGUAUGGCGCAGUGUACGCAGGACGUGGACUCAUCGGCGUGCCAGGAUUGUUUGUCGGAAGCCAUCGGACGGCUGAAAAGUGAGUGUGGGUCCGCCUCGUGGGGAUACGUGUACUUGGUCAAGUGCUACGCGCGUUAUUCGGAGCAUGGAUUCUCGCCAAAAAGCGACGGAGAAAGCGCGAGAAAACUUGCAAUAAUAAUUGGGAUCGUUGCUGGUGUGGCCGUACUGGUCGUUCUCCUCUCUGUUUUGAGCAAUCUUUGUUGUUCCAAAGGUGGGAAGUAGAGCGGAUUUGUCGAUAUGCCAUCACAAAUUUACACAGACGAAAGCGUGUAUCGUAAUGAAUUGUGACUUAAAUUCUUUGGGUACAUUAUUUUUCCUUUUUAUUGUUAAUUUGGGCUGCUUUUCUCUGUGUAUGUGCUUUUGAGGAGGUGGUCGAAACAAUUUAGAGAAGGAAAUUAAUUAAUUAGUUGAAAGAAUAUAUUAUGGCAGCUGAAAUAAACUUUGCCGGGCAAGGCACUUGAUAUUUAUCCUA